GAACUUAGAAAGCUGGUUCUGCGGGUAGUUACAGCAUCAUGUGAUCUGACCAUUUACUGUAUAUAAAGGGGGACCUGGUAGAGUUUCAGUAGCAGAGCAUCAGAGAAACUACUUGGUCUUGAUUUUUGAUAACAGAGGCAUCAUCUGUGUUUCAAAGAAAAAAUGACGAAUUACGAAGUUAUCGUGCACACUGGAGACUGUGAGGAAGCCGCCACCUUCAAUGAUGUCUUCAUUACGCUGGUGGGCAAAGCUGGGGAAAGUGAAUGCACGAUGCUUCAGACGGACAAACAGCCACCCUUCGCCAAAGGAAAAGUGUCUAGGUUUGUUGUGUCCUGCCCUGAAUCCCUCGGAGAUCUGAUUAUGAUAAAACUGAUAAAACAGCGCUUUGACAUGAACCCAGAGGUUGACUGGUUCGUUGAUCAGGUAGAAGUGAAGUCUCCAGAGGAGACCUAUAUGUUCCCCAUCUACUGCUGGAUCACUGUCAGUGAGGAGCACUGCUUCAGUGAAGGAACAGCUCGUAUAGGUGAGGACCUUCAGGUAGACUUUCUAGGUUUUCCCUGGCAUACUUACAAUCCCCAGCAAGAGUUGAUCGAACGAAAGAAAAAGUAUCGCUGGCGCGUGUAUAAAGAAAAACUCCCUCAUUGUGUUGAUGCAGUUUCUUUUUGGCAUGUGCCUCAUGAUGGAUGGAUCUCCAUGAGCGAAAUAAAAAGGAUAUCCAAUUUUUUCUACGAAGCAGUUACAGAGACGAUAGAGCUGAAACUGUCAGGCCUGGGUGAUUGCAAAAAAAUGUGGUCAAGUUAUGAUGACAUCAGUCGUAAAUUGAACUGCAAAUCUACUGACAUAACAAACUACAUCAAGAAGCACUGGAGGGACGAUGAUCUUUUCGCCCACCAGUUUCUGAAUGGUGUCAACCCCAUGGUGAUCCAGCGUUGUACAGCUCUGCCUGAUAACUUUCCUGUCACAGAUGAUAUGGUCUACCUCCAUAAUCGUAAAUUGGCAGAUGAGAUGAAGAAUGGAAACAUUUUCCUGUGCGACUACAAGAGUUUGGACGGCCUGAUGCCAAACUGCAUAAAUGGGAAGCAGCAGUUCCUGAUGGCUCCUCUUGUGCUGCUCCACAAAACCCCUAAUGACAAACUCAUGCCAGUCGCUAUUCAGCUGAAACAGACUCCAGGAAACGACAAUCCCAUCUUUGUUCCAACUGAUUCUGCCUACGACUGGUUGCUGGCAAAACUGUUUGUGAGAAGUGCAGAUUUCAACGAACAUGAGCUCAACUUCCACCUGCUGCGUACUCACCUCCUGGCCGAAGUCUUUACAGUGUCACUAGAGCGCAACAUUCCCAGCAGGCAUCCCCUGUUCAAGCUCCUCAAGCCCCACACUCGCUACACUCUGCUGAUCAACAUCCUGGCUCGAGAAAAACUCAUUUCUGCAGACGGCGUUUUCACGAAGUUUACAGCUUCUGGCGGAGAGGCUAUGACCACCAUCCUGCAGAGAUCCCUGUCCUCGAUGACCUACAGAUCCCUCUGCAUACGGGAUAACAUUGCUGACCGGGGACUGGAGUGUCUGCCAAACUUCUACUACAGGGACGAUGGAUUCAGGCUCUGGGACAUCAUCCACAGGUUUGUGGAAGGAAUUCUCAACCACUACUAUGAAAAUGACAAUAAGGUCUCAGAUGAUCCUGAACUGCAGAACUGGAUUCGUGAAAUUUUUGAACAUGGAUUCCUCUCCCAAGAAAGCACAGGAAUUCCAGAGAAGUUUUGCACCGUGGAUGAGAUGGUCAAGUUUGUUACCAUGGUGAUUUUCACCUGCACAGCCCAGCACUCGGCCGUUAACAGUGGACAGUAUGAUUAUGGUGCCUGGAUGCCCAACACCCCAACAUCCUUACAGCGUCUUCCACCAACAGAGAAAGGGCAUGCGGACGAGGACACGCUGCUGCAGACAAUGCCGGAUAUGAACGUCACUGCUCAAGGCACGCAUGUCAUGCAGCUGCUCAGCAAGCAGUUGUCUGACUUUGUUCCUUUAGGACAAUACAAAGAGAAUUAUUUCUCAGAGGACGUUCCCAAGAACCUGAUUAAAGGCUUUCAAGAACAACUUAAAACCUUAAGUGAUGACAUCAAAAACAGAAACGCAACCCUUAAAAUCCCGUACACGUUCCUGGACCCAGGUGUGAUAGAAAACAGUGUGGCCCUGUGAGUCUCAGCUAAAUCAGAAAACUGCUCAUCGUUUUAUAUGGUUUCUUCAUAAGCAGCAUUAAAUACAGGGGGUAUAGAUAAAGUACUUGCAAAUGUUAAUUACAACAAUGGUAGAACUACACAGAUGUUCAUGACUUUUGUGACUUUUGCUUUUUUCUGUUUCAUAUUCUGGGCUGGUGUGUUGCGUCUUACUGUAGCUAUUUUCUACUGGUUUGUGGGUGUUAUCUUGUUGUAAUGAGAAACAAUGAUUAGUAAUUGAUUAGUGCUGAUUAGUGAAUCAGUAUUUGAUUUUUUGGGGUGGUGUUUUUCUUUUUACACAUUUUUUACCAUAUACUGUAUUAGGUUUCUGACUUUUAAAUUUGUAGCAGGUUCUGUAUAAUCGCUACUCAAAAUAAAUAAUUUCUGCAUGGA